AUGACAGUAGUAGUGGUGCUGUAUCUGUUCCUGCCUUUUGUGUGCACUGGCCGUGCUGGUGCUGGUGCUCGUGCUCGUGCCAAUUCUGGCUCUGUUGCCAGCGGCAAUAGAGGUGGUGGUGGUGGUGGUGGUGGUGCUGCUGCUGCUGCUGCUGCUGCUGCUGCUGCUACUGUAGGUACAACCGCCGUAGCUACAGCCGGGCUACAGCCGGAGAUACAGCCAGAGGUACAGCCAGGCUACAGCCAGAUGGGUGCUGUGUCUGCUGCUCCUGUUGCUGUUCUUGCAGCAAUUGCAGCAUUUGCUCAUUCUCACGCUCUUCCUCUCGUGCUGCCCUUGCUGCUUCUCCCCCUGCCUUUAACACGAGCUGCUGUUUCACCUUCUCCCCCUCCCGAAUCGCCUCAUUCACGGCCUGCCUUGCCUGCUGUUGUGCUGACUCAUACGACUGCUGUUGAGGUUGCACCUGCUGAGACGACAGCGGUGGUGGCAGUUGCUGUGGCGGCACCAGCGGUGGCUGUUGUGGUGGUCGUCGUUGCAGCAGCAGCUGUGGCAGGUUGGCGGCAUGGAUGGCAUUCAGCCAAACGCCGCCCCCACCAAGCACCGACUCGUUUGCCGCAUUCACCUGCGUGGGGGCACGCAGGAGGAAGGGCGGGUGACACAGGAGGAAGGGCAGGUUUGGCUGGAUGGGAAGGAGAAGGAGUUUUCCUGCUGGCAGCAGCAUGGGAGGCAGGAGGCAGAACUGCAAACGCAGCUGUGUCAGAGAAAAGAUACGCCUGCGACUGGUGCAUGGUGUAUGGGGGGAAGGACCGGUCGAACCGAGGAGCUGGAGCUAUAUCAACAGCAGCAGCAGCAGCAGCAGCAGCAGCAGCAGCAGCAGCAGCAGCAGCAGCAGCAGCAGCAGCAGCAGCAGCAGCAGCAGCAGCAGCAGCAGCAGCAGCAGCAGCAGCAGCAGCAGCAGCAGCAGCAGCAGCAGCAGCAGCAGCAGCAGGAGCAGCAGCAGGAGCAGCUGCAACAGGAGCAGCAGCAGGAGCAGCUGCAGCAGGAGCAGCAGCAGCAGCUGCUGUUGCUUCAGUUGCUGCAUCACCCCUGCUGCUCCCUCCCCCUCCAAACCACGCUCUUGGAAACUGCCGGAAAUCAUCGAUGGGAAGUGCUGAACCCCCUGAGGGGAAUACGCCGGGCGUUCCUCGUUAUCCCCUCGAGGCGAGCCCGAGAGUCCGCCUCUCCCUCUUCCUCUUCUGCCCCCUGACCCGUCUGAGCCCCGGUGCUCCUCAAAACUGUCAGCACGCAUCUGCGGGGAGUGAUGCAACCUCGAGACCGAAUCUUCGCCACACGGCAACUUUUGUCCCCGUUUUCGUCGCAUCUGCGGGGAGUGAGGCAACCUCCGUGGGGAACACAUCUGGUUUUCCUCCUCGUCGUGCUCGUGCUCUUGAGGCGAGCCCAAGAGUCCGCCUCUCCCUCCUCCUACUCCGUCCUUUGCUGCGUCUCCAGCCCAACGCUCUUCAGAACCGUGAGCACGCGUCAGCUGUGGGGGAGACAUCUGGUGUUGCUGGUCGUAUCCGCCAGGUGGGGACAGCUGUCCACCUCUCCCUCCCCCUCCCCCACCUCCUCCUCCUCCACAGCCUCUUGCCGCAUCUCCACCCCAGCGCUCUCCAGAACUGCUGGGAGGACUCAGCUGUGGGGGAGACAUCUGGUGUUGCUGGUCGUAUCCCCCAGCGGGGAGCAGCUGACCACCCCUCCAUCCCCCUUCACCUCCUCCUCCUCUUGCCGCAUCUCCACCCCAGCGCUCUCCAAAGCUGCGAUGAAGCGUCAGCUGUGGGGGAGACAUCUGCUGUUGCUGGUAGUCCUCUUGAGUAA